AUGUAUAUUCCAAAGUAUAAUGUGGAACCUUCAGAGGAGCUUCAAAUUCAGCUCAUAAGAGAGUUCCCCCUGGGAACAAUUAUCACUUCAAGUGCUGAUGGGAUAAUAGCCAAUCAUCUGCCAUUUCUUGUAGAUAAGACUAGCGAUGGAUUAGUACUCAGAGCUCAUUUUGCUCGGGUUAAUCAUCAGAGGGAUGACUUUCGCUCUGGGAAGGAACUGCUGGUAGUGUUUAAAGGGCUUGAUGGAUACGAAACCCCCAAUUGGUAUGUAGACACCAAACCAACUACUGGUAAAGUUGUACCUACGUGGGAUUUUUCAGCGGUCCAUGUCUAUGGUGUACCAACUGUAAUUGAAGAUCCAGCGUGGAUUUAUAAGCAGUUUACUGAUCUCUCCAAUAUGAAUGAGAGAGAACAAUCUGAACCCUGGACGGUGGACCAAGCCCCAGAAAGUUAUGUUAAUUUGCUGCAAAAAGCAAUCUGGGGAUUGGAGAUCAAAGUGACUAGAGUGGAGAGCAAGUGGAAGGUGGGCCAAAAGUUAAGUGACAAGGACAACCGUGGAGUCAUUGAAGGGUUCAAAACCCAAGGGGAGAAAGGCGCAGCCCUUUCUGAAGUCGUUGAGAAGGCUAAGAUAAGACAUGAUGAGCGUAGGAAAAAUGGACUACAAACUUAA